AUGUAUAAUCGAUCCGCCACGGGCGGGGGCGGAGGGGGAGGAAGAAGAGGAGGGAACUACCAGCAGCAACAGCGCAAAGAUCCCGCGCCUGGUGGGUACUUGCCCCAGCAGCAGGGGCGGGUAAUGCCGCCUCAUGCGCAGCAGCAGGUCCCCACUGCACACAUCUACCCGCCUCAACACCAAUCCCUCCCGCCUCAACACCAUCACCACCAACUUCAUGGAGCCCCGCAGCAGCAGCCACACCCGCAUGCUGCUCACCCCCACGCUCAGCACCCCCAGCACCCCUCUCAUUCUCAGCAUCCGCAUUCGCACUCCGCCCAUCCAUCACAUGGAGGCCCUCCGCAGCCGCAGCAUCCGCAUGCCUAUCACAAUCCAUCGUCCUACACCCAGCCCCCCGCCGGCCGCGUCUACCCGCCUCGCGGGCCGGCGCAGGGAGGCAGCGCGACUGCACAGCCGCCACAGCUCUACAGCAACCCUCCUGCCAUGCCGCAGCCCAUGACGUCGCAAUACCCACCGCCCAAGAAGUACACACUGACGCGUCCGCCAGACCGAAAGCAGUUGAGCGACAGCCUCGACGUACCCGGCUACUACCCUCUCGUUCCAACUGCGGGCGAAGAACAGUUCGCGCGUCCCGCGAUCUCGGGUGGCUACCACGAGCCUUCCGCUGUCUCCAACGAGUUUGGCACGAUGAGGACCGUUUUCUUUCCCAAGCAGCCCGAGGAAGACAUGGAGGCGCUGUGCUUAGCCACCAAGGCGCAGAUGCUCAAGGUCGUCAACGAGGCCAACUGGAUGAUGAAGUGCCGACCCCGGAAGGAUCUUUCGGCCUUCAGCGCUCUCAAGGAGCGCAAGAGCGCGAAGAGUCGAACCAACAAGCUCCCCGUGCUCCUGCCCAUCCAGCACAAGGAGCCGUUCAUUCAGAGUUUGGCCGAAUCCGAGCCGCUUCACCUCCUGGCGAGCCGUGUGCCUCAUGGAUACCGCAAUAAUCAACUGUUGGAGGUGUUGGCCGUGCGCAAGGUGCCGCUUUUGCGAGCAACGUGGUACAUCAAGAUCGUGCAGCUCAACAACAACCGACAGAAGGCCGCGAACAAGCGGAAUCGCGUGAAUGCGUCCGAGGACUGGACGAAAACGAUCGUCGACUAUCUGUUCGACCUCCUGGCCGAACGCAACGGCAUGGCCAUCAGUAGUGCACAGGCCAGCAAGUACCUCAUGUCGACACUCCGCUUCCGACGAAAGCCGCCCUCGUCGGCCGCCUCUACAACCACCUCCACCUCUCCGUCCACCUCCACCUCUUCAUCGUCGACGCCAGCCACGAUGCCGGCGACCCACCUGCCUCAUGGGGCCACGCUAUCGCCCUCGCCCUCGCCCUCGCAGCCGAUCAAAACGCCGGCGCCGGCCACACCCGAGGACGGCGGGCCGUCGUCGUCGGUCAAGAGCGAGGCGCGGCCCAUCAUGCUGGCCAGCAUCGUGGUCGACGCGGCCGACAAGGAGAGCACGACAUCGUCGCUGACAUCGUCGACAGCGACGCCACAGCUGAGCGAGGAGGAGGCCAAGCUGGAGGCGUGGUACUCCAAGUUUUCCUACGUCGUCAAGCUCAUUCACUGGAACUUCACCGAACGACUGCUCAUACGGAAAAUGCUUCUGGAUCGACUCGUCGAGAAGCUGACCACCUACACAUCCUCCUCCUCCUCCUCUUCAUCAUCUUCCUCUUCUUCCUCGUCUUCGACCACGUCUGGCGGCGGCCCGGCGCUCGCCUCCGAUUCCAAGGCGUCGGCCUUCGAUGACCAGUCCCUCAUCCUCUCUAUCGUUUUCCAAUAUUUAUACGACAUUUGCAAGUGGAAGCCACGAGUGAAGCGACUCGUGAAGUAUUCCAUCGCCACCCUCUCCAAGCUUUCGUCCGAACUGGGCGGAGAUGUAUCCAGUGACUGGGAGAGCCGAAACUACUUGUACAAAAGCGUGUCUAAUGUUUUGCGUUAUGCCAUCCAGGUGGUGCCGCCAGACGUGUUGUACUACAUCGACAAGGAGCUGCUCGUGCCACUGCAGGCCAUUCGGCUCGGCGAGCAGCACGACAAUUUUCCCGUAUUUGCGAAAUACAACCGCCUCCUGCACGAGGCUCGCGCGAACGUGCGAUCGCCACCGAGCUACAGUUCGACGAACCUCACCAUGGCCACCGUUGUCGAGCUGCUCGACUCGUUUGGCAAGCCUGGCGUCAGCAUCACCACUUUGUACAGGCGACUUUUCCCUUCGUGGUGUGAACAUUCACUCGGGGCAGCGGACAAUGGAAUCGACUUGGAGAUCAUCAAGAUGAUCUGUAGAUGGGCGACGACGCGGCAUCGCAAGGAGGUGCCCUAUCGAGCGUUCACCGCGGCGGCCGUGCUCCGGCGACACUGCGACAUCGUCGAGCGGAAGACCAAGCACCGGCCACAGCUGCAGAGCCUGCUCCUGACCUUCCUGGAGAAGGACAGGUCCGAAGAUGAGGGCCAGCAGAUUGUGGUGUUCUUUGGCGAGCUGAUUCGACACGACCUCUUUUCUCAUGACGCCUUCGUACGACACCUCAUCGCUUCGGGCGUGUUCGAGCCCUCGUGGCCUGACCAGGAAAAGGCGGAGCGGUACCGGCGGUAUCUACGGGAUAUUCCCAUACCCGGGCACUACCGCCACGAGCACAACCAGCGACGAGUCGUUUUGUUUGGACUCGACCGGGUCAAGGAGGACGUGGUGAAUGCGGUGCGAGUGUUGAAAUGUACAUCGCUCUAUCUCAACCCGCAGGGCAUCCCCUCGUCGCCCUUCCAAUGGCCCUCGCCGGCCUUUGCCGCCGACCUCGUCCGCGACUCGGCCUUCCUCUCCGACGAGGUCGGCCUGCCCUUCCACCACUCCUUCCUCUUCGACAUCGCCCGACACGUCGAACACGAGCUUGCCGAGUCGCUGCAGGGCGACACGGAGCGGAUAAAGGACACGUUUUCGCAUCUCAUGGCCAACACCCCGCGAUACUACCUGUGCCUCAUGGCCGAAUGGCUCUCGAAUUGCGUGCGAACGUGCUUCUCGCCCAAACUGAACGGGAGUGCCGGAGGUGACACGACGUGGCGGUGUACGGACGUCGACCUGCAGCACGUGUUCCAAGUGCUCGACCAGGCGCAGGACUUCAAUGCGCUGGCCCGUCUGCUGCUCUUCCUCAUCAAUUGCGUGCCGGCCACCUACCUGGCGCCCCUGUUGGCCGUUGCCAAAGACCACGAGGGAGCGUUCGUGAGCCAGAAUGCCCUGACGUCGCUCUUGGACGUUCUGAGCUCGCGAAGGGUCGACGCCAUUCCGCAGGAGCGGGGUCCGAUGGAGCUGCAGAUGUAUCUGCAGGCCUACCUGGCGGAGCUGCUGAGCCGCUACUCGGAAUGCGAGGAGACUGUGGCCUGGCUGCAGGAGAAGCAGAUGCAGAAGAGCGACUUCAUGGCCGCCAGCAUCCAGCAGAUGCAAGAGGGCAGCCCCUCUUUUUCGAUGAUGCACAAGACCCCGGUGACGCCACGGAUGUCGCCCAAGACACCGCUGGGCCAUUCGGCCGAGGAGACGCUCAACCUCAUCCUCGACAGCCUCAACGUGUGGACCCUCCAGCUCACCGCCGGCCACCUCCUGGACUGGAUGGCCAACAUCGACCGGUCCUCCUUCGCCAGUCCCGGCCACGACCUUCCGGGAGGGAGUCGGGUGUUUUUGAUGAACAGGCUGCUGGCGCGGCUGUUGGGCAACCACUUCGGGGCCGGCGAGGAGAUGAGCCCGUCCGUGUUCGGGCAGCUGGUGUGCCUGCUGGGCGUCCACUUCGAGAAGGACUUCUUCCGCCAUGUACAGACCAUCCUCGAGGCGCGCGACGCCCUGCUCGGCGUCGUCUCCUUCUACGACCACCUCGCCUCAGUGUGCGCCGAGGGCGGCGUGGACACGUCAGCAGCGAGAAUGUCAGGAAUGGUGAUGCAGCAGGCCCAGACGACGGGGUCGACGUCGCUGAUGGAGCACCUGAAGGCCAACAUGCAGCUGCAGGAGGCCUUCAUCGAGAUGGUGACGCCGAGCCUGCUGCAGACCACCACCGAGCAGAAGCAGGCCUUUGUGCAGUCGCUCACGGCCCAGCUCAAGGCCCUCCUCCAGGGCGACCGCACCUCGUCGACCGCCAUUCUCCUCGACCCGGGCCGCGUGUGGUUGGCCAAGCAGGGCCUGUGGAUGCGGCUGCGCUUCAUCAUCGCCCUGCUGCCGCUCCUGCUCAAGAAAGAGAACCGAACGGUCGUCGUGGCCGCCGCCGCCACCACCACCGCCGCCGCCGCCGCCGCCAGCUGUAAAUACGUCGACGACCUCGUGCUCACGCUGUUCAAGUUCUUCGGCAAGACCUUCCUGCUGGUGCCCGAUGACGACGACCUGUUCCGCGACCUGCUCGACCUGGUGCACGCCCUGGUGCACCACUACGGCGAGGAGCUCAUCAGCGCCGCCGCCUCGGGCUUCUUCUUCUACGCCGGCGUUGGCGGCGCCGGUGGUGCUGGCGCCGGCGGGCGGCCGACGUCGGGCUUUGGCGUCGCGGCUGCCGGCGGGUCCGGGGCCGACGACCAGGAGGAGGAGGUCGACGACUCGUCCAUCUCCUCCACCCUGCGACAGCGACUUAAGGAGGACUCGAAGAAGAUGAUCAUGGCGCUGCCCGACGCGAAGCGGAAGUUGAUGAAGCGCUACUUCCCGUUCCUCCACCAGCGCACCGCCAACUCGAGCGUGGUGCGCGUCGUGCGCUACCCGAACCCGGCCACCGGUGGCGCGUCAUCGACGGGCGGCAUGCCCCAGUCGCCGCACACGCCGUCGUCGUCCGCCUCGCCCUCGUCGUCGCUCAUGUCGCCCCUCUCGCCGUCGGUCAUGCUCGCCGCCGGCGGCAGCGGCCUGCCCGUCGGCCCGCCCACGGUCGCCGUCGACCCGUGGCAGCUGCUCGAGGACUGGGACGACACCCUGCUGGCGCCCUCGCUCUUUGGCGGCGCCCUGCAGCCGCGGCGGCAGCUCACCUACGCCGCGGCCCUGUUCGAAGACGACAUGCCGCCGCCGCAGGCGCUGCUCGCCGCCACCGCCACCCAAGCCGAGUCACAACACGCCAUGCAGCAGCAACAACAGCACCUCCAUCAGCAACAUCAACAUCAGCAGCACAUGCUGCAGCAGAAGAUGAUGUCCUCCUCGUCUUCGUCUUCCUCGUCGUCGUCGUCGUCGUCGUCGGCAACUGCGUCGCCGCAGGCUGGCCGGAAGCGAGGUUGGGAGGAGGUCGGGAUGAAGCUGCCACAGGCGCCACCAACGCGACCCACCAAACGAGCCGCCCUCGAGUGA